GCUCGUGCCCCUAGAGGGCUCGUGUCCGCGUCUCUCUCUCUCUCGGUGUGUGUCGUUUCUCCGCUCGCUCGGUUCUCGGUUCUCCGGUGUGUAUGUGAGCUCGGUGUCCCGCUCAUCAUGUCCUCCGCGGGAGCUGCUUGCGGACCGGCACCGGGACCGAAUCACGGCGGUUCUGUUCCCGCGCCCGGCGCCUCAAACCCGCGAAAGUUCAGCGAGAAGAUCGCGCUGCACACUCAGAGACAGGCGGAGGAGACGGCGGCGUUCCAGGAGGUCAUGAUGGACCUCAGCUCCACCCGGAUUCAGGCGCAGAAGGUCCGUUUGGCCCGAAAUCAGGGUCCGUAUUACGGUGGAUCUCUACCUAACGUCAACCAGAUCGGCAGGAACGCUUCGGAACUGCAGGGUGUGUUCCCCUCUCCGCUGGACUCCAGUCGCUCCACGCGUCAUCAUGGUCUGGUGGAGCGUGUUCACAGAGACCGGCGCUUCAUCUCUCCCAGCAGACCCUACAGAAGACAAACGGACAGCUCUCACAGCAGCUCAGUGUAUCUGUCUCCGCCCCCCGACCCCAGCUGGAGAAGGAACUGGAACAGUAACUUUGCGACGGACAAGAGCCAGAUAUUCCAGCAGCUGCCGAGCACAGCCCUCAACAGGACUAACUCGGACUCGGCGCUGCACACCAGUGUGAUGAAUCCUCCGGCUGGAGACCCGUUCUCCACAGGACUCCGCCGACCGGACGGUUUCUCUUAUCCUGCUCCCAUCGAGGAGAACAGCCCUGACGACGGACGCCUCCUCAAGCCCUGGGACUCCAGAAAGCUGCCGCAGCUCUCUUCACGACCGAAGUCCUGUGAGGUGCCUGGAAUCACUGUGUUUCCGUCUCCGGACCAGCAGGGCGGCGCUCCUCACGGCCCGAUGAUGUUGAACACAGGCGGCUCUCUGCCGGAUCUGUCCAGCCUGCACUUCCCGUCGCCGCUGCCGACCCCGCUGGACCCGGACGAGCCGGGAUACCCGUCUGUGAGCGGCGGCGGCAGCACGGGGAACCUGUCCUGCACCCUCACGCAGCUCGGCAUCCACAGCCCCGGCGCCUUCUACUCCACAGGUCUGCUGCCGUCUAUGCAGGGUACGUCCAGUAACCCCUCCCUCCAGUCGUCGCUUAGCAACCCCAACAUCCAGUCAUCUCUCAGCGCUCACUCGUUCCACAACUCGCUGAGCUCCGCCUCCCUGCACUCGUCCCUGAGCAACCCCUCCCUCCAGUCUUCGUUAAGCUCCUCCCCCUCGCUGAGGUCAUCCCUCAGCAGCCAGUCGCUGCAGUCGUGGCUCAGUAACUCCUCCCUCAGCGGCUCCUCCUCCGCGCUGCAGCCGCAGACGAGCUCAUCCCCGCGCAGACGAGCGCAGCUGACCCCCGUGAUCCUGCCUGCAGACACACGCAGACUACACCCCAAACAGUUCUCCCCCACCUCCUCCACCCUCAGCUCCAUCACACAGGGCGUGGCUCUGGACACCAGCAGGCGGCAGGGGGAUCAGAGGUCAUCUCCGUAUUCUUUUGGCCAGCAGCAGCAGCAGGUCCAGAAGGGUCCGGGUCUUCACCUGCACAACAUGCAGAACCUGCAGAAGACCUUCCAGAUGCAGCCGCUGAAGCGUCCGAGCCCCGGUCAGAACCAGAACCCCAGCGCCGUGAGUUACAGGUCUGCAGACGCCUCGCAGCCGGAUGCGCAGACGGGACAGACCCGGUCCGAGCAGCAGAACAAGCCGCUCCCUCCUCUACAGCAGAUCAGUCCGGCUCUCAGCGGAGACCUGGACCUGUACAGCGUGAGUAAUAACGGAGUACCAUUCUGUGCUUGUGCUAGCAGUACAUAUUACAUAAUAGUGCACUACAGUAAUCUAACAGCACUAACAGAACACUUGAGUCUGGACUCUCAGCUGGAGGCUGUGAAUCAUGAGGGUGGUUCUGCUGCGGUUCUGAAGGCUCAGAGCGGCUCGUAUCAGGGUCAGCCGGCGCAGAUGGAGCUGCUGGACCCCUCAGAACAACAGAUGAUCAACCAGAGCCAGAGCUACACAGACGGGCGGCACGCCGUGCCCAACAUCAUCCUGACCGGAGAUUCUUCAGGACUGUCUAAGGAGAUCACGAGCGCGCUGUCGUGUGUCCCGGGCUUCGAGAUGGACCCGUUCUCGUCUGACAACCCGCUGGAGGGUCUGGGCAUGCUGACCGACGGUGACCUGAUGCUGGCUGACCCCGCCGUGGAGGACUCCUUCCGCUCUGACCACCUCAAGUGACUCGAGAACACGCGCUUGAACCCUGAGCUUCUGCCCUUUAAUGCUGCGCUUCUCAGACGAUCAAAGCCGCACCGUCCACUUCCUGUUACAGAUGACCAAUCACAGCCACGUGCCUCCACCGAUUGCUGCUCAGGCGCUUCAGUCCCAGCAUGCACUGCACCGCACCAGGUUAAUGCAAACCCACUCGUGCGCUUAAGAGUGUUUCGUUCAGAUCUGACGAGUGAAACGCUUCAUUUGAUCUGUUUGAUGUCUCAGCCAAUCACGUGAGUUUGGGGCGGGGCUAAUGUUCUGAUUGACCAGUGACAGCGGCUGUGUUCAGAACAGCAUACUCUCAUACUGUACUGCAUGUGUGGAAGACAACAGGACAGAUAGCGUAUCCCAAAAUGCAUUGUGCUUGGCUUUCUCCUGACAAUGCAAAAUAAAUUUAGAUUUUUAUUUCUGUGCGGUGAUGCAUACUGUCAAUUGUGGAAUAAUUGACCUACAUAUUUAAUCUAAUAUAUUUGUUUUUAAUAUAUGUUACUAUGUAAAAGUAAUUAAUUCCUUGCUGCUAAUUACAUCUUCAACAGUGUAAUUAAAAAAAAAAAAAAAUAUAUAUAUAUAUAUAUAUAUAUAUAUAUAUAUAUAUAUAUAUAUAUAUAUAUUAUAUAUAUAUAUAUAUAUAUAAUGGCAUAAAUUAUUCAUGAACUGGGGAGAAGGUUACAUUAAACACAUAUAUUUUAACAAUUAAAUGUUAAAUUUUUAAGUUUUAUAUAGAAUUGUUCUAUAGUCCAAACAGUAUUUAAUGCAGUUAGAUCAGAAUGAACUGUACUUAAAUUACAGACAAAUUAAGAGUAAUCUGUUACUUGAAUUCUUCAAAGGAAGAGCAAUGAAAAGUGCAGUAAUUAUUUACUUAAUUGACUGUUUACGUAAUUUAUUACUGUGUGAGUAUAUAUACAAUCAGUGAUGCAACUCAUAGAAUGACAGCAGAGAACAGUGUCGUUUUACAGAUUAGUAUGCACUGUAUAGUGUGCACUGUGGAGUAUGCAGUGAGCUAGUAUGCUGUUUUAAACACAGCCGUUAUCUUUAGACAUGCGUCACAUGAGAACAGAUGUGUUUUGUCCCAGAAUUCAGUCUGUUCAUGUUUAGUGAUGAUCUCUGAUCCAGACUAACUAGUCUCCUCUCUGUACUAGUUAAAGCAGCAGCGUGUUUGUCGCCGCAUGCGCUGAACCACUGAAACUGUGUCGUAAAUAACCAAAUGUGUGUGUGUGUGUGUGUGUGAGGUUUGCCUGCACUCUCUUCUGCCUAUAUUUGCACGAUUAUUCUCCCGAGCAAGGCCAUAUUCGGAGGAACAUGUAUUUUUAUUUUAUUUUAACUAAAUAUUGCGUACUAUGAGAUUUAUUUUUAAAUAAAGUUGCUAUAGAUGUUUAUGCGCAUAAAUGUAUAUUUGUAUAUGAAACUAAUUAAUGUGUUGAGAAAUGUGUCGAUCGUCAGGUGGAUUAUGAAUGUUUUCAGGUGAAUCUCUCAAAUUUAGUCAACAACAAAACGUCCCCAAAAUCAAAGGCAUGAAAAUAUAAAUGAUCAUUUCAGUGAGAUGCUGGAAAUUAUUUUGAGAGAAAUCUAGAAUCAGUUUUCAUUACAAUCAGAUCUUAGAAUCUCAUGGGCAUUUUAUCGAUCACAUUGUUACAUUCAUUUUGCCAUAAAAAUACUCAAGCUUAUGGAAGCUGGUUUCCGCCAUGGAAUAAAAAUU